AUGGCCGACGUUAUCAUCGUAGGCGGCGGGAUUGCUGGCACCGUGGUCGCUUCGCGUCUGCACGAGAGGAAGCCAUCGCUAUCCGUUGUACUCAUUGAAGCCGGUCCCGAUCCUACUGGGAAUCCACAUGUUGCCAUACCAGCCGCGGCCGCGAACCUCCACUUCUCCCAGUACGACUACAACUACUCUACAACACCUCAAGAGCAUCUCGAUGGGAAGCCCAAGCGAAAUGUAGGCUUUAGAGGCCUUGGCGGCGGCAGCGUUAUCAACAACGGUGGAUGGAUUCGAGGCGAUGCGCAGGACUAUGACGAGUGGGCACGCGAUGUUGACGAUCCGCGAUGGAGCUACGACGGCCUAUUGCCAUACUUCAAGCGCACGGAAAGGCACUUCGACCCCGAUGCGGAUCCCUCGCAGCAUGGGCACGACGGUCCGAUGCACACGGCAUCUGUCACCUCUACCGGCCGUAUAUACCCAUUGCGCGAACCCGUCCAUAAGCUUUGGUCGAACCUCGACAUACCACAUAUCCAUGACCUAAACGACGGCCGACCUCAAGGCAUCAGCGAUCUGGUUGAGAACUUCCAGGAUGGCAAACGGCAGAUGGCGCACUCCGUAUACCCGCUUCACGGUGUCCAAGUGCGCACAUCAACCAUCGUCCGGCGUGUGCUAUUCGACGAUACGAAUACGGCAGUCGGCGUCGAGCUCACAGAUGGCGAACGCAUUGAUCUCAACGAAGGCGGCCAAGUCGUCAUAACCGCGGGCGCCUACCGAACGCCCCAAGUCUUGAUGCUCUCUGGCAUUGGAGAGCCUUCCCAGCUAUCGCAGCACAACAUUCCAGUUGUAUCCAAUCUACCAGCCGUCGGCCAGAAUCUGCAUGAUCAUCUGAUGAUGUACCGUUAUUGGAAGCUGCGAAACCCAGAGAAGGGUGUAGCGAUCGGCUCGCCGCUCUUCGGUGGUCUAAAUUACGACAGAGGGGGGCCGGUAGACUUCUUGGUUCGCGCGCCUAUACACCAAGUCGGGACACUGAAGGCAGCCAUCGAGCGCGAUGAGGGCCCGGUAUCUGAUGACCACGCACUGCUCAAGGGCCCACGCACUCACCUCGAGAUGCUUCUCAUGUACAUUGCCGUCGGAGCAGAAGCGCAGGGUCUUAGUAUUCCGAUUGACGGAUCAUCCAUCAUGACCUUUUUCAUGGGCUGUCUUCCGACGUCGCGAGGCUCGGUGACGCUUACAUCGUCCGACCCGUCCGCGAAUCCUAUCAUCGACCCGAACUACUGCGCCACGGAAGUAGAUCGCUACGUCUUGCGCGAGGGUUUCCGUAUGCAAUCCGAGCUGAUGUUGAAUACAGCCGAGGGUAAGAUGCUUGUCGAAUGUGAACACAUUCCGCCAGGCUAUCCGGGGAAGUCGGACGAAGAGAUCGACGCGAGACUCAAGAUGGGCGCGAGUACCACAUAUCAUCCUGCAGGGACAGCAGCGAUGGGGACCGUUGUUGAUGGAUCGCUGAGGGUGUCUGGAGUUAAGAAUUUGCGUGUCGCUGAUGCGAGUGUCAUUCCAAAGCCCCUUGCGGCUCAUUACCAGGUACCGGUUUACGCGAUUGCCGAACAGGCUGUUGAUAUCGUACUGGGUGAGCAUUUCGAAGUGGCUAGACAGCAACGAUAA